AUGGCGGCGGCGACGGCAGAACAACCCCCACCCGCCGAAGCCGCCAAGCCUCUCCAGGGGCUCCUCAACGGCAUCGCCCAGGCUACCUAUUACGGCAACACGGAGAUCACGGAGGAGCUGCUGCGGGACCAGCUCUACUCGGAGACGGCGCCGCAGGAAUUCCGAGUUUUACUGGCCAAGAUGACGGGGAUCGUCAAGUCAAUAGCUUCUGCCGACAUGGAUUCGAAUCAGCUAGAGGCCUUUUUAACUGCACAAACAAAGAAACCAGGAGGCAUCACAAGUGAUCAAGCUGCAGUUAUUGCAAAAUUUUGGAAGAAUCACAGAGUGAAAAUUCGAGAGAGCCUGAUAAAUCAAAGCAAGUGGGAAAAUAGCUUGAAGAACAUAAGCUGGAGAGUGGAUUUACAGUCAGAGUCAAGACACAUCAGCCAGUUAAACAGCCCUGUUGCAAUAGUUGAAAUGGAACUUGGGAAAAAUGGACAGGAAUCGGAAUUUUUGACUGUGGAGUUCGAUGAGAUCAAAUUGAAUCAAAUGCUGAAGAAGCUUUCGGAGAUUGAAGACAGCAUUGCCUCUCUGACCCAAGCAUCGUAGCAUUUGAGUUAAAACAGUGUCUGACUCACAAUAAGAUUGACUUCAGUAACACCUAUUAACUCUAUCGAACAUCACACUUGUUGCAACAAUAUCGUAGACAUUCCUUCCGUUGUGUAAAAAUUGGAAUAAAGCAGACAAAAACUCAGGAAUGCAUGCUGUAGAAACUUGCACAGCUAAUUCUGUGCCCAUUAAAACCAAACAGAAUAUUUGGGCUCUAUAAUAGGAAACAUCUAAGUGUAUAGCCAUGCAACAACCAGGGUGGGGUGGGGGGUGGAGGCAGAUUUCUGUUAUUUGCUGCUUCUUUUUCUAGAGCAGUUGAGACCAAGAAAAAGAGAGUACCCUUGGCUCAAAGAAGGAAGAAUGUAAAAAAGCAAAGAACUGAAAAAAGUUCUACAGAUUGGAGUGGAGAGUAAUCAAAGGCAAGAAGUCUGGUGCAGACAUUUUCCCUCAGCUUGCAUGCUGAAAGAACAGGUUCAAGCCACCACACACAGAAUGAAUCCUGUGACGUAGGCACUCUAAAGAGUCCUCCAUAUGUGCACACUGGCUGAAUUUACACCGUCUCUCAAAUUCCCUUCCCCAUUUGAAGGAGAAGAAUUGUGCAAAUCACACCAUUGCACAUACAGAAUCCCACACGUAGGGCCGUUGUUCCAUUCUAUGCACAGUAGAGAGGUGAGACACUCCUCUACCUAGUGAGUUUCAGCACUGGCUGCUGUGUGUCUGUUGGCCCAGAGCCCUGUAAUAAAUUCCUAUCAAUAUUUUUUAUUUCCCUUCAUAUUCUAAACAAAUUCAUCUGUGAAUUCACCAGCAUGUAACAGUUCACAACUGGAAACUCAUCAAACUCUAAGAACCAAUCACCAGAAAAAACACCUAAGUGACGUUUGACUUCUUCAAGCAUAACGUUUGGUGAUGCAAAAUCCCAUGCUGGAAAUAAUUCUUAUGAAGCCUAGAGAGCUUUCAGAUGGGAAGGAAAACGAAUUUCAGAAAGAGUUUUCAGCAUGAACUGUUUCAUCUCUAGAGCAAUGCAUUGUUGUACACUUCAGAGCUCAUUGCAAAUGUACAGUGUAUGGGCAAAAUAUUAAAGCAACAUGCAUAUGAACUCCAGAA